AAAAAAAUUCUUAAAUGCGUCCCGUGCCUGCCUAUCUUGAUCCGUCACAUAAAACCACGAAAUUGAUGCUCGCGGAUACUUGAUCAUUUUUAUUGUUUUUUUUUUCAUUUUCUCUUUUUACGGGGGCACAGAAGCAAGGACUUGCGCAGGGAAUGCAAAGCACUAUUUGAACUGUGACUGUGUUUCGUCUCGUCUCUCCUUGGGCCUUCGGCACCAAAAAAAGAAACACAGUGUGGUAUUUUCCCUACACUCAAAUAAACAAGCAAAAAAGAGCCCGCCUGGCUUUCACCAUGGCUGGCAAUAUGCCAAUGGACCCUGGCUCGUUCCAGAACGUGAUCCAGGAUCUCGCAAACAAGGCGUGCUUGGAGGCAGCAGAGGAGAACAGGCAAGCGGCGGCGAAAUCAGGCGGCAAUGGUACCACUACGGCAGAUGGAAUGGCCCCGGAGCUGCCCCCGGAUAUGGCCAAGGCCCGCAGCAUGACGACCAAGGAGAUUCUCGACGACCUCAACAAGUCGCCGCUGUUCAUGACGGAUCUGGAGGAGAACGACGACCUCGCGGCGCUGCAAGCGCUGGCCUACGAGGGAACACCUCUCGAGAACGCGUCGGACUUCAAGGAGCGCGGCAACGAGUGUUUCGUCGAGAAGCGCUGGGCCGACGCCAGGGAGUUCUACACCAAGGGAAUCAACAUCCUUGCCGCGGAGAUUAGGCGGCGCGCGAGGGGCGAGCUGCCCGGGGAAGACAGCGAGCGGAAGAAGCGCGAGGCCGAGCAGGCUGCUGCGGAGCGAGAAAAUGGACUGAACGAGGCCGAAUCCACCGCUCCCACUACUAGCGGCGCCUUAUCGUCGGACGAUCCCGAGGAGAUCAAGAAGGAGGCGGCGGUCCUGGAGACGCUGUACGCCAACCGCGCGGCCUGCCAGCUAUCGAUGCAAAACUACCGCUCCUGCACCCUCGACUGCGCGCAGACCCUGACCCUCAACCCGCGAAACGUCAAGGCCUUCUACCGCAGCGCCAAGGCCCUGAGCGCGAUGGGCAAGAUGCCCGAGGCCGAGGACGCGGCCAAGCGCGGCCUGGCCGUCGAUCCUGACAAUGCUGCGCUCAAAACCGUGGCGGCCGAGAUCGUCGAGAGGCAGGCGAAGCUCAGCGCCAAGCAAAAGGCCGAGGCCGACAGACAGGUGCGCGAGAGGCGGCGACAGCUGCUGGUCAAGGCGGCGAUCCGGCAGCGCGGUGUGCGGAUGCGAACGACGCCCAAGCCGCCCGAGAUGGAGGACGCCAGGGUGCAGCUAGUGCCGGACCCGGACGACGCCAACAGCGAACUCGCCUUCCCCGCAAUCAUUCUGUAUCCGGUGGACGCCCAGUCCGACUUCAUCAAGGCCUUUGGCGAGAACGACUGCAUGAACAGCCACCUCUCGUACCUGCUGCCGUUGCCCUGGGACCGCGACGCCGGCUACACCCAGACCGGCGUCGAGUGCUACGUCGCCACCGAAAAGGGCACCCUGGUCAAGCUAGGCAAGAAGGUGCCGCUGAUCAAGGUCCUAUCCAUGCCGAGCGUCGUGGUCGAGGACGAGCUGGUGAGGAUCUUUGUGCUGCCCAAGAGCAAGGCCGCCAAAUGGGUCAAGGACUUUACCGCCGCUGCAAAGGAGCGGGCUACUUCUUGAGAUUGAUGUCUUGGAGCACUUGAUGAGGAUUUCUUUCUUUUUUUUUCUCUUUUCUUCUUGUUAUCUUUUUUUUAUACUCAAAUCGAGGCUUCCUCGAUCUUUGUUACGGCAUUUUGGCGAGUCGUUAUUACUAGUCAAUAGGAGGCCCUUUGUAUAAAGAGCAGAGGCGGCUGUCUGAAAAAAAGGAUGAAUGACAGGAACAAAUUCAAGCAGAAGUCGGGCAGCUGACACUUGGAGACUCUGCUCAGGAGGAGAUUAUGGGGAAAGCAACUACUUUUUUGCCAUGAAUUCUACCCUCCUCGGAUACACAAUUGUUCUCUUAAGCACACGCAGAAAAGCAGACUACACAGGCUGCGGAUGGGGGUGGUUUUAUGGAAUGCAAGUACUGCCGAAAAAAAGCCAUGGUUCGCCCUCACAAGAAAGCCCAACAGACGAAAAGCUUUGUUUGGUAUAGAAGACACACCAUGAAGACCCAAAACGCCAUGAUCCAACACAAGCAACAAACCAGUCCCACUAAAAAGCGCCUAAACCACUCCACCAUAGUGAGAUUGAGCAAAUAUUAAAAGCAUAUCAGGGAGCAGACGGGAAAACGAGAAGAAAUGAAAUAAUUAAAGAAUGGCUCAUAGCAAUCAUCAUGUCGACAGCGCCCUCUUCCUACUCCGAGUCUGAACCCCCGUGGGCGCUCUGGGUGGCACAGUGGCAGCACUAGACGGCUGAGACGGUGCAUCCCACAGAUUCUUGCCCCUGACCGCCAUAUCUUCACGAGAAGCCAAGGUGAUGAGUGCUUGAAUUGCAUCAUUCCUGAGAGCGCGCGCGUCCGCGGCUGAACCUGGUGUAGCAGACCGAGACUGACGCUGAGGAAGAUGAUGCAGAUGCCACCGCUCCUGCUUUUGUUCUGUUUUGCUCCUGUCUUGGGAAUGACCGUCUGGGCCUGAAGCCUUGGUUGUGAGCCUGGGACUGAGGCUGUCCACCCCACAGGUCCGUGUCGAGACUCCACUGCCCGCGUCGCUCUCGCCGCCACUGUAACCACUGCGAUCGUCUCUUACGGUAUCCGACAAGGUGCUCGUCGCAACAGCAUGGCGGAACGGGACGAAAGGACCGACUAUGGGCGGCAGGCGGUUCAGCAUUCCCUCAUCCGGCGGGCUCGGGGUCGGUGGAGCAGUGUGGUACUGGUGGUCUCGAUACAGCUCAUGCUGGUAGCGGGGAGUCACCAGUGGAGGAGGCAGAAUCCGCGACAGCGAGCUGACCAGUGAGCUGUUUAUAUCCCGCCUAUGGCCGCUGUCACGGCUGGCAGUGUAGCGGUGACGACAACCGUGUUCGUGCAUAUGAGAUGGGUCUCUAGUCUGCUCCUGUCGAGCGUUGGCUGCAAUGUACUCGGCCCUCCAGCCAGAGUGUCCUGAAAGUGACGGGGUCGCCGCUAAAACGACUGGAGGAAGCCGUGGAGGUGAGGGGAAGCGCCUCGGCCGGUAGUCUGGCACGGAGAUCUGCUCUGGGGAGUUGGGAUAGCUCUCCGUCUUAGUGGAGGGACUGCUGUACAUUAUGCCAUCCCGCAGACGCCGCGCCGCACCACGCGCCAGGUGGACUCGCCGCUCGUGAAGAGUCGAGGAUGUAGGAGAUGUGGAGUAGCGCAUAGGCGGCCCUGGACCACGGCGACGGAGGGGACCUUGUUGUUGAGCUUGCGCUUGCAUCGACCGUCCAUACAUCGACUCGGCCUCGCGGGUUGCAUGAGCUACGAGCUCGCGAUCGAUAACCAUGCGUCCAAAGUUGGGCGAUUCUGGGGGAAUGCAUUCGGCUGGGAACUGAGGACCGAAAAUGGGGAUCAGGGCGCCGGCAAUCGGGUGACAGAACGUAGCACAAACGGCUCUAGCGCAAGCGAAUGGCAUCCAGUAUCCUAAAGAGGCCGGAGCUUUCUAUUAGUACUGGACGGUACCUUGCAGCUGUCCGUGAGAUGGGCUUUGGGAUGGCAUACCCUGAGCACUGAUGGAGCCACCUGUGAUACUUAACAGCCCUAGAAGAUAUAUCGAGAGAGUCAAAGCCUGCUUGGCGCCACUAACCUUGGUGUAGCCGCGACAUUUGAAGAAAUGCGUCAUUCUAACAAGGCCGCAACCAUAGUCCCACAUAACUGUGUACUCUUCGUUGGUGUCCGGAAUGGUAUAUGUGUAUUGGAACACUGAGACAGAUGCGUGGUGCCAAUGGGCUCAAAGGUCAACAUUUGAGAACUCCGGACUAAUCAUCAAAACAAAGACUACCAGACUGGGGUCCAGGACAUACCCUCAAAGCUCUCUCUACCAGUCUUGGCAAAGAAGUCUUUCUUGCCACUGUUGUAUGGUAUGUGUCGACUGGUUUCACGGAUGCUGCCAAAUGGGCGGACCUGAAACCUGCGAACCUCACGCAGCGAGGGCUCGUCGAGGUCUUCAAAGGGAGCGUAGUUUACCGAGAAUCCCCUGCCCCUGUGUUCCAUCUUUAGGAGUGGAGCAGCUCCAGUUGAUGAUCGUGGAGGUGUUGGCAUGGAAAGGAGGCCGUAGUCAGGAGAGACUGGCGAUGGAAGCUCGUCCGUGUAGGUUGAUGAGGGCGUUGGUGGCAUGAUAGUGUGCCGGGGGCGACCUGCGUGAGGUACGACCGACAGCGGAUUGAGAAGGGACUUCAUGGGGAGCAUGGCUGGAGCGAGAACCAGUGAUAAAGAGGCCUCGCUAUGGUCACUCUUAUUCGAGCAAGGCGAGUUUAUCCUCGCUCUGAUAGUAGAAUAAAGAUGUGGCUGGGAAUGAUACCGGCUAUCAGAUGGCUUGGUCGAGGAAAUGUCGAUGUCGAGCGAGGAGAGGCGACAAAAAUACCAGUCGAGAAAAAGGAGGGAGAGGACUGUUGCUAUUUCAAGUCGCAGAGAGUACCGUUGAUUGCCGGUCAUUUCCUGCCCCUCUCACAAGUCAGGAAACAUAUGAACAAACAGAGGACAAACUCUGAAAUGGAACCAAGCCCUUGCAGGUGUAUGUAUGUAUGUGUGUGUGUGCGUGUGUGUGUGUGUGCGUGUGGGUGGGUGGACCUUGAGUAGCCGUGGCUAACGACCUCUCGCUCAACCUUCACCGAGAUUUGGCUCUUCAAAGACACUAGCAAAGAAACCUGGCUACGGCCACUCCGGGCUUUUCAAAGGGCGGAGGAGUAGUGGUGG